UAAACAUUUCACGAUGGCAGGUGAACGUAAUGUUGGUGUUCUGGCAAUUUCUCUAACAUCUUUGUUACAUUACGCGAGUGCCAAGGCCUCUUUGGGCACAGACAUUGCGCUAGAUGAAAAGUAUUGGGUGACGCACCGAAUUGACAGCCUUAAUAUUUUGUUAUACACAUUUUUACUCAUAUUAACUGUGGUGACAAUAUGGAUCUUCAAGUAUCGGCGAGCAAGAUAUCUCCACGAAACAGGAUUGGCUGUGAUAUACGGCUUGAUUGUCGGUGCGAUAUUAAGAUACAGUGGUGAUAGCAUCACUAAGUACAUGGUUGUUGUGCCUGAAAAUGACUCCAAGUACACCGACAAUGUUCCCCCAGAUACCUUAUGGCUCAGAUAUGCUGGAGGAAAAGCCAGCCAAAAUCGAACAUAUGGUUACUCUUUUAAGGGGGAGAUCCCUGAGAGCCUAGAGAAUGAGAUUGUUCAGAAGGCUACUUUUGAUCCAGAGAUUUUCUUCAACAUUCUCUUGCCACCAAUUAUAUUCAGCGCUGGUUAUAGUCUGAAGAGGAAACAUUUUUUCAAGAAUUUGGGAGCCAUCUUCACAUUUGCCUUCCUUGGAACAACGAUAUCAACUUUUGUUGUUGGAGGAUUGGUGUAUGGAUUCCUGUGGCUUAUAGGGUCUACAUAUUCCUUCAUAGACUGCUUGUUAUUUGGAGCUCUGAUAUCUGCCACAGAUCCUGUCACUGUAUUGGCAAUUUUUUCGGACCUCCAUGUAGAUGUUAAUUUGUAUGCCCUUGUCUUUGGGGAGGCUGUACUGAAUGAUGCAGUUGCCAUAGUUUUAUCAGGGGCAAUAGAAGGUUAUGGCAGUAACAGCAAAGGAUUUGAGACAUCAGCCUUCUUCAAGGCCAUAUGGGAUUUUCUGGUGACCUUCAGUAUGUCUCUCUUCAUUGGGUCCUUUAUGGGUUGCAUUACAGCCAUUAUCACAAAAUUCACUCGCCUCAAAGACUUCCCCAACUUGGAAACAUCGCUGUUUUUCCUCAUGUCUUACUCAACUUUCCUUAUGGCUGAAGCAGCUGACUUAACAGGAAUUGUUGCAGUGCUCUUCUGUGGAAUAUGUCAAGCGCACUACACUUACAACAACUUAUCAGUCGAAAGUCAAUUGGCAACUAAAACACUCUUUGAUCUCUUUAACUUUCUUUCUGAGAAUUUCAUUUUCUCCUAUAUUGGAGUGUCCAUGUUUACAUUUGACCAUCACAAGUGGGAUGUUGGCUUCAUCUGCAUUGCUUUUGUUGCCAUAAUCGUUGGUCGAUUUAUGAACAUUUAUCCACUAUCCUUCAUACUUAACAUUGGACGUCGUCCCAAAAUCCCAGUCAACUUCAUGAACAUGUUGUUUUUCUCAGGUUUACGUGGUGCUAUUGCGUUUGCUUUGGCAAUCCGUAACACGAGCAGUGAUUCGAGAAAGGCAAUACUCACCACUACGUCUCUUAUCGUCAUUGUAACUGUUAUUCUUUGUGGCGGAUUAACUACUCAAGUAUUAUCAUGGCUCGGGAUACCUGUUGAUGUUGAGGACGAAGAGACGCGCCAUUUGAACAACUUCCAGCCUAUCAGAAAUGAUUACAAAAGCAUUGAUGACUCCAGGGGUCCAGGAUCAGAAGACGGUGGCGAAAGUGAUUCUUGUAAUCAAACGUCAAGCAUGUUUGAGAAGGCCUGGCUCUUCCGUGUAUGGUCUCAGUUUGAUGUACGAUUCAUGAAGCCAUUUUUAACGAAUAGUCGACCCACCCUUCUAGACACGUUGCCUAUCUGCUGUGCGCCAUUGGCCAGACUCCUCACCACCACAGACCAACUGACUCAGGAUCACGAUCCGCUCAAUGAUGACAUGCCGCUAGAUGAUUCUCUCAUCAGCUGGGGUGUAAGGACGUCUAUAGACACUGGUCGCCAGGUGAGUGUUAAAAUUAAGAUAUCUAGCAUUACUGUUGUGCGUCAUUUCUGUUAUUUUUAGAAAACUGAUGGGGUGGUCUAGUAAUUCUCUGGUCUUUUGGAAUAACAAGAGUUUGCAGUUUUUAAGCUUAUGUUUUCCAUGAAUUAAGUCUUGCAGUGAACUGUAUAUUUGAUUGUAAGUAGAAUUUUGAGUGCCUGUAGUUUUUGUUGUUUUGAUGA